UAUGACGUAUUUAUCCAGCGACGGUACAAGUCUUACACGAGGGUGUUUUACUCGCAGUCAAAACAGAGUAUUCACGGGGUUACUCGUCAUACACAGUACAUGCGAGUAGCGAUCAGGCAUCGGCGAGUGACAUUAAUCAGAAAUGGGAGACUUUUCGUCACUGGGUCUCUCAGACUGGCUGGUUAAACAGUGUAAACAGCUGGGGAUCAACAAAGCCACUCCGGUGCAGGAGAACUGCAUGCCAGCGAUCCUAGAAGGUCGGGACUGUAUGGGCUGUGCCAAGACCGGAAGUGGAAAGACAGCGGCGUUCGUGCUGCCAGUGCUGCAAAAACUGUCGGAGGAUCCUUAUGGCAUCUUCUGCCUCGUGCUCACUCCAACCAGGGAGCUGGCCUAUCAGAUCGCCGAGCAGUUCAGAGUCCUGGGGAAGCCUCUCGGACUGCGCGAGUGCAUCAUCGUUGGCGGAAUGGACAUGGUGGCGCAGGCCUUGGACCUGUCCAACCAGCCACAUGUGGUGGUGGCCACGCCGGGACGACUGGCCGAUCACAUCCGCAGCUCCAACACCUUCAGCAUGAAGAAGAUCAAGUUCCUGAUUUUGGAUGAGGCGGACCGACUGCUGGAGCAGGGCUGUACUGACUUCACCAAAGACCUGGAGGUGAUUCUAGGGGUUCUACCAGCUAAGCGUCAGACGCUGCUCUUUAGCGCCACACUCACCGAUACACUGCAGGAGCUGAAGAACAUUGCCUUGAACAAACCGUACUUCUGGGAAAGCAAGUCAGAGACCCGAACAGUGGAGGAGCUGGACCAGCGGUACAUCCUCACCCCAGAGAAGGUGAAAGAUGCUUAUCUGGUCCACCUGAUCCAAACUUUCACAGAUGAACACGACGACUGGUCCAUCAUUAUUUUUACCAACACAUGCAAGAACUGUCAAAUCCUUACUAUGAUGCUACGAGAAUUUCACUUUCCAACGAUCUCUCUGCACUCCAUGAUGAAGCAGAAACAACGAUUUGCAAACCUUGCUAAGUUCAAGGCCAGCGUCUACAAAAUCCUGAUCGCAACAGAUGUGGCCUCACGGGGUUUGGAUAUUCCCACUGUCCAGGUCGUCAUCAACCACAAUACACCCGGGCUUCCCAAGCUCUACAUCCACAGAGUUGGGCGAACAGCGAGAGCAGGAAGGAACGGCGUGUCCAUCACGCUGGUGACGCAGUACGACAUCCAUCUGGUCCACUCCAUCGAAGGACAGACUCAGACCAAACUAAAAGAAUAUCCUGUGGAGGAGAAAGAAGUCCACAAGAUCCUCACACAGGUCAACGUGACAAGAAGGAAGUGUGAAAUAAAACUUGAGUCCACAGACUUUGAUGAGAAAAAGGAAAUCAACAAGAGAAAACAGCUGAUUCUAGAGGGAAAGGACCCAGACUUGGAGGCCAAGAGGAAGGCUGAGCUGGAGAAGAUCAGGAAGGAAAAGAAGAGGUUCAAACUGAAAAUCCAGGAGAGCAUUCAAAAACAGAAACACAGUCAGCAGAAAUCACAGGCCAAAAGGCAACAAAAGAAAAAAGCAGCAGAGGCAACGGUGUAAAAACUGCACACACGUGUAUAUACUACAACUUUUAUUACUGUGCAAUAACUUGUAAUUUUCCAUGUCAGCAAAUAAAUCAUACCAUAAAAAUAA